AUGGAUUCAGAUGUUGUAGCAAUGCACGGAGGACUUGUUGUUGAAACAUCACCUCUCAUCCUUCAAGGUAUGUCACUAACUCUGAGGGAUAGAAAUUUUAAUUACCCCUGGAAAUAUCGCCAAGAAAAGAAAGCUUUAAAAGACAGAGUUCCUAUUGUGAGAGAAGUUGUUAAACGACAUCUUCAGGAUAGAAUGAACUCUGAUGCACUUGAUAGCUCUGAUAUCUUAUCACACAUCAUCCAAAGCAAUAAAUGCUCAGAUCAGCUUACUAUAGAUGAUUUGGUAGAUGAUUAUUUAGUCUUUCUUAUAGCUGGAAUGGAAACAACUGCCAUAACCAUGGCAAUUACACUCUUCUAUCUAGCUAACAACAAUGAAAUCCUCUCUAAAGUUAGAGAGGAGAUAGACAGUGUUGCUGAACGAGGCCAAAUGCUGGAAUUUGAAGAUGUCAAUAAGUUAGUUUAUAUGCAGAUGGUCAUCAAAGAAUGUAUGAGAGUGAAGCCUCCUGUUCGAGGUGUUGGGCGGGUCUGUGCUAAAGAUAAUGUCUCUGUGAAUGGCCUGAAUAUUCCUAAAGGAGCGGAUAUCUUUAUACCCAUUAUGGCACUUCACCACGAUUCAAGACAUUGGGACAAGCCAGAAGUUUUCAAUCCUGAACGUUUUUCAUCUGGAUCCAAGGUUAAAAGCUUCUCAUAUUUACCAUUCAUGGCUGGACCAAGGAGUUGUAUUGGCAAAAACUUUGCUAUGCUGGAAGCAAAAAUGAUCAUCUCUCGAGUUGUGCAAGAGUUUGACAUAGAAAACCCUUACCCUGAAGUCACAGAUUUGGAAACUGAUGGACUGAUCACUGCUAGACCCCUUGAUGGGGUCAAACUUAAACUGAACCCCAGGUUCAUUUCAUAA